CAAAGUUAUUGGUGCUUCUGAUUGUUAUUUGACAAACAUGUUGGCAGGUGAAAACGAGGAGUCAGUGGAGUUUUCAGGAAACGGUCAAGAUUUAAGGCAGAAAUACGCGCUGAGACCAUCGGACUUAAGGCAUAAAAAUGCUUUGAGGAUGCUGGAGAAGUCAUUGUCAAGAGAGCUAGAUCUCGAGAAGAAGUUAGUUGAGUUCCAGCAAAAUGAAGAACAACUGAAACUCAAGCUACACUACACAGAGGAGGUAUCUUCGCGGAUGGAAGAAGCAUCAGAGUUCAUAUGGGGACGGUUUCUAGAGGCAGAUAAUUCUUCGGAGGUGCUUACAGGUAUUUCAAAGGAACUUGUUGGACGUCUACAGGUUCUCCAGUUUAGUCUGAAUGGGUCAGCUCAACGGGAAUCCGAACUUAAGGCUAAGCUUGAAGACUGCACUGUACAACUCGAAGCGAGAGAUGUUCUGGUGGAAAAGCUUGAGGCAAGGAUUGCAGAGAAUAGUGCGACAGUUUCAGAGGUACUCACUUUGAGAGAGCAUGUGAAGUCAGCUGAACAAAAUCUGAGAAAUACUGAGCUUGAGCUGAGAAGUGUAAAUGCCUCUAAACAAGAGAUUCUGGUACACCUUGCUGAAAUGGAAAAUGCGAAUGAAUCGGUCAAGGAAAGCCUUUUCGAAGCUGAAAGCAGAGCUGAGAGUGGAGAAAGUAAGAUUAAAGAGCUAGCUGCUGCAAAUCUUGAACUUACUGAGGAACUUAAUUUUCUAAAAGAUGCUGAUGAGAAAAAGACAAAGAAGGUGAACUCUCUGGAGAAGCAAGUCAGGGAAUUAGAAGUUCAAUUACAAAACUCCAAAGUAUCAUCAGAAGCAAGUCAAGAACAGCAGAACAUGUUGUAUUCAGCAAUAUGGGACAUGGAAACCUUAAUCGAAGAUCUCAAGUCUAAAGCCUCAAAAGCCGAGAGUAGAACGGAUACAGUGGAGGAGCAAUGCGUUUUGCUUUCUACAACAAACUCUGAACUCCACAGAGACGUGACCUUUUUGAAGCAGAAAGCGAAAUCUUUAGAAGCAAUGUUGGAUCUAGCUAACGAUGAGAAAGAGAGAUAUGCACAAGAAAUAACUACAAGGAACAAGGUUUUGAUGGAUAUUCUGUUGCAGUUAUCCAGUGAAAGGGAGCGUAUACAAGAGCAGCUGUAUUCUUUGGCAAAGGAAAACAAAGUACUGAGAGUGAACCAAUGCUCAAAUACAUACCAAAGAAAUGGAUCUUAUGCUGGGGACAAAGAGCUGCUGUUUCAAGGAGAUGGUCAUGGAAUAGAGGCACUUUCUGAAAGUCUGCAGGAGGAUGAGAGAAAAAGGAAAGAACCAGAGAACCAGUCUAUGUUUAGCACGGUCAUGAAGAUCAGAAGGGCAAGAAACUUGGAGCCCCCAAUACCAGCUUUAGCCUUACUUGUUGUUGUUGUGCUGUUUUGUUCGUUCUUUGGUUAUCUUCAGUGGGAAAUCUGUUAGCAAAUUCGCCAGUUGUACAUUGUGUUGUAAAUACUCAUUUAUCUUGUAUUUAUUACAAGCGAUGUGUCUCAAGUUUUAAUUUA